AAAACACGCAUUUGUCAGUGUGAUCGCGACUAGCUAAGGGAAUGGUUGCGUAGACACUUCAAAUUUCAAUCGCGCUGCGCACAUUAAUUUUCUUGUCUUACAGUGACAUAAGGUACAAGACUCUGAUAAAAAAGUUUACUUAAAUAUUAGUGCGUCAAAGAGUGAUGCCAAAAAACUGUUUUUUCAGUGCGUUUUCGUGUAUGGAUAAACUGACAUUUCUUCCUUUGUUGACCAGAUCACCUUAAAAUGCCAUCUUUGCUAGAAGCUCUAGAACAGAAGUAUGGGGAAAGUUCUACGGAGUCGGAGGGAUCCGAUGAUGAAGGAAUCGCCGUGUCAAUUUUCGUGCCUUGCAAAUCACCAAGAGCAGUUGUUCCUGCUUUGCUAGUUCUGAACGACUGCGACAUAACGACAGCGGGGGAGAAGGAUGUGUUGGUAGCUAAAUGUGCAGGAGUUGAGGAACUGGAUCUUGCCAAGAAUAAACUCAAUGAUUGGCCAGAGGUGUUGGGAAUCCUCCAACAGAUGCCUCGCUUGAAAUUCGUCAACCUCAGCUUCAACGUACUUUCCACGCCUCUUCGCGACAUGCAAAUUGAAGAAGGCAUCAAAUGGGCCUCCCUCAAGAACCUAGUUCUAAAUUCCACCUACGUGAGUUGGGACAGCGUUCAAGAACUUCUCAACCACACCCCCUGCCUUGAAGAAUUUCACCUCAGCAUGAACAACUACAAUGACGUCCGUCUCCACGACGACAGCGUGAAAUGUCUUUGCGAGACCAACAAAAACACCAUCGACGAAACCAAUUCGAACGAAAAAAAUGGGACCACCAAAUGCUCUUGCCCAGCGUACAAGCUCAAACACAAGCACUCGGGGGUGCGGAUUUUACACUUUAACGGAAACCUCAUCGAUAACUGGAAAGAAGUCACCAAACUCGGGUACGCAUUUCCGAAUCUGGAAACUCUGGUGCUUGCCGAUUGCCCCAUCAAGUCCUUGGAUAUUAAGAAUGAUGAGGAGGGGAAAUGCAAUCGGAACUACGAGAGAUCGGAAAGUGACUGCGAGUCGGCUGUCAAUGAGGAUUCGCCUCACGACAGUUUUCGGAAGUUGAAAGUCAUCAAUAUGAAUGCCACGCAUUUAUGCACCUGGGACGAUAUCGAGAAGUUGGCCAAGUUUCCCGCCUUAGAAUGUGUUCGGAUUCAGACUUGUCCUUUGUGGGAGAGUAAUGAAUAUACAGAGCACGAAAGAAGACAAUUACUGAUAGCGAGACUUCCAAAUGUAAAAACAUUGAAUGGUGGUGGAAAGAUUACCCCAGAUGAGAGAGAGGAUGCUGAAAGGGCUUUCAUAAGAUAUUACAUGGAUAAGCCGGAAAGUGAUCAACCUGAACGGUACUUUGAAUUGGUUCAGAUUCAUGGAAAACUGGAUCACAUUGAAGAGAUGAGAUAUCCCAAUAAGAGAAUCUACAGUUACAACCUGCGUUCCGGCGAUGAAAUUUUUGUAGACUGUAAGAAAAAGCUGAGUGAAUCCAACAUCACUGAAAGUCAGGAGAAAGAAAUGUAUGGAUUGAAAUAAUCCACGAUUGUUGAAGAUUGUUGAAGCAGAGUGAAGUAAAAUACACGUUAAUUUGAGGAGCUAUUACUAAUCUAAAAUAUUAUUUAAGUAUAACUGUGAUACAUAUUAGAAAUUAUGAUAUUAGGAGAUGGUUGUCAUAUGAAAGAAAAAUAGACUUUGAAAAUGA